GGGUGGUGGGUGCUGAGAUCGGCGGAGCGAGUCGGGCUCCUCUCAAGCGCUUCGUUUCACAGCAGAGGGACCCUCUGCGAAGGAGAGCGGGUUCGUUGGAGCUGCGGGCGCGGGUGGUCUUGGGCAGAAGUGUCCUGUUUCGGGAGACCCCCGACCGUCCCUGUGCUAUUUCGGUCCACCGGUAGGACCGCAAGAUGAACCGAAUAACGGGAAGGACCGGCGGGGAGAGUUUAAUUGAAAUGAGCCCGACGGGAUCUUUCACCGAUGAGAGUAAUGGCUACCACCACCAUCCCACAUAUGACCAAGGAUCCUCCCAGCAGGGUCAAUCAGGGAUUGACAAACAUCAGCAAAGUAAAGACUCCGUGUUCUUCCGGGAUGGAUUGCGCAGGGUCGAUUUUGUCCUGUCGUAUGUUGAUGAUAAAGAUGGCGAGAAGAAACAGGAGAGGAGAAGGGAGUAUGAGGCCAACCUAGAGAGGGCGGGCCUGGAGCUGGAGACGGAAGAUAAAUCGGAGUCGGAUGAUGGAAAGACUUAUUAUCUUAAGAUCCAUGCUCCGUGGGAGGUGCUGGCCACAUAUGCAGAUGUGCUGAAGAUCAAAGUUCCCUUCAAGGCCAAUGACAUCCCAGACAACAAAGAGAUACCCAUGAACUGGCUCACCACGCCCUUCCGUCUGCCCAAGCACAUCAUGCACCCAGAGCCAGACUACUUCACCGCCCCCUUUAACAAGACCAAGUCCGACUUCUUCCUCAUCGAUGACAAGGAGACGUUCUUCUCUCCCUCUACACGCAACAGGAUAGUCUACUACAUCCUGGCCCGCUGUCCAUACUACAAGGACAGCUGUGAGAAUAAAGACAAGAAGGGAAUCAAGAGGUUGCUCAACAAUGGGACUUACACAUCUGCCUUCCCUCUGCACGAUUCUAGAUAUUGGAAAAGGUCAAGAGAUCCAAACUGUGAAAGCGAGCGAUACAAUCUUUACAAGUACUGGGCCGGAUUCUUAUGCUUCUUCAAGGAACAGCCCCUCAACCUUAUAAGGAAAUACUAUGGAGAGAAGAUCGGUAUUUAUUUUGCUUGGCUGGGUUUCUACACGGAGAUGCUGUUUUUCGCCGCAGUGGUAGGCCUCAUCUGUUUUGUUUAUGGACUCCUCACCUACAAUGAGAAUGAGUGGAGUAAAGAGAUAUGCAGCGAGGACAUUGGAGGCAAUAUUGUCAUGUGCCCAUUAUGUGACAAAAAAUGUGCUUACUGGAAACUCAACUCGACAUGCCACUCAUCAUGGCAAUCCCACAUGUUUGACAACGUGGGGACGGUGUUCUUUGCCAUAUUUAUGGGGAUUUGGGUGACCCUGUUCCUGGAGUUCUGGAAACGCAGGCAGGCCCGUUUAGAGUACCAGUGGGAUCUGGUGGACUUUGAGGAGGAGCAGCAGCAGCUGCAGCUUCGGCCCGAGUAUGAGACCAAGUGCACCAACCGCCGGCUGAACCGCAUUACUCAGGAAAUGGAGCCUUACUUACCCAUAACAAGCAAGUGUGCUCGCACAUGCCUGUCUGGAGCCACCGUCCUUUUUUGGAUCUCAUUGAUCAUUGCCUGCAUCAUUGGGGUGAUAGCAUACCGUCUGGCAGUGUAUGCGGCCUUCGCCAGCAUCAUGAAGGACAGUCCUACCAACAACCUCCAGGUGGUGGGAUCCCUCAUCACGCCACAGCUGGCUACCUCUGUCACCGCCUCCUGCAUCAACUUUGUCAUCAUCAUGAUCCUCAAUCUCAUGUAUGAGAGAGUGGCUGUCUGGAUCACUGACAUGGAAAUCCCCAAAACACACCUGGAGUAUGAGAACAAGCUGACCGUGAAGAUGUUCCUCUUCCAGUUUGUCAACUACUACUCUUCCUGCUUCUAUGUGGCUUUCUUCAAGGGCAAGUUUGUUGGCUAUCCUGGAAAGUAUGCCUAUAUGUUUGGAAAAUGGAGCAAACUGAGGAACGAGGAGUGUGACCCAGGGGGCUGCCUGAUUGAGCUGACCACCCAGCUAGUGAUAGUGAUGACUGGUAAACAAAUAUGGGGCAACAUCCAGGAAGCUCUGGUCCCCUGGCUGAUGAACUGGUGGGGCAGCAGGAAAGCCCGGAAUCAUCCAGAGAGUUUGUACAGCCGCUGGGAACAGGACCAUGACCUGCAGGUUUUUGGCCACUUAGGUCUCUUCUAUGAAUACCUAGAGAUGGUGGUCCAGUUUGGGUUUAUCACGUUGUUCGUCGCCUCCUUCCCGCUGGCACCCCUAAUGGCACUCAUAAACAACAUCAUAGAGAUCAGAGUGGAUGCCUGGAAGUUUACCACACAGUUCAGACGGCCCGUGGCUUCCAAGGCCCACAGUAUUGGAGCCUGGGAGGAAAUCCUCAAUGGGGUCGCUGUUCUCUCUGUUGUCACCAAUGCGUUCAUUGUGGCCUUCACCUCUGAUAUGAUCCCGAGGCUGGUGUACAUGUACGCCUACCAACCAGAGGGUGAGCUCACCAUGAGAGGCUACAUCAACAACAGCCUGUCGAUUUUCAGUAUUGCUGAGAUCCCAAAUGACAGCAGGCCUGAGGAUGAGUUGAACCCGUCCUGGUUCAACAGCUCCAUCACUACAUGCAGGUAUCGUGACUACCGCUAUCCCCCUGGACAUGAAAAAGAGUACUUCCAGACCAUGCAGUUCUGGCACAUCCUGGCUGCCAAGCUGGCCUUCAUCAUCAUCAUGGAGCACGUUGUGUUCUUGGUGAAGUUCUUUGUGGCCUGGAUGAUUCCUGACGUCCCAUCAGAGGUGAAAGCUCGGAUAAAGAGGGAGCGCUACCUAGUCCAAGAGUAUCUCCACAACUACGAGGUGGAGAAGCUGAAGAUCCAACUCAGCCACAACACACACAAUGACUGUACCUGCUCUCCCAUGAUCUAUCCAUCCUUACCCACACACGAGGUGCUGUCUGAGUGCCUCUAGCCCAUGUCUCUGGCCCGACACUCCGCCACUGAACCAUCAGCCGGAAAUGGGAUGAUGUGGCAUUGAGGAUUAUUUUUUCAGCCACCUUGCUUAUUGUAUUAUGAUUAACUGAUCAUCACUUUGUCAUAGUGCCUACCUUGAUUAUGCAAUACGGUGUCACACUUUUCACCAAAGAGCUAUGGAUUUCCUCUCUUCAUAGUCAUGCCUCUUCCACAGCACAGACGUGGGGAAACAUGCUGAAGGCGAGCGCUCAGUCUGCAUGCAAGCCAAAGCUGUGUGGCCACAGUGCUCAUGAUGUAAGGGAGCUCUCUUGUGUAUACGCAAGACUGUUCAUUCUCUAUGCUGCAAUACAGAGAGAUUAAUCAACAUUUAUUGGAAGCAAAUGAUAAGAAGCUGCCGUGUAACACUGUGUCAAACCCAGGUAGGUUGUUCUUAUACCACAAGACUUAUUUAUUUUCAAGUCCCCACCGUAAGCAACCAGAGACUACAUGCCUUAAUAUAUUACACAUUAAUCAUUGGUCCUGCAUUUCACCCAAAUGAAGAAAUAAUAUAUUUUCGAAAUGAAGAAUUUGCUCACGGGAGGCUUUGAGUACUGACACUCACACACACGCAUAGCUUUAUCAAGCACUCCAUUGUCACAAAGCGUUGCGGCUUUUGUUUGUCUGCCACAACUGUGAACACUGCUCAUCUGUGCUCCUCCGACCUGAGCGUGUGGGAGCACAGCGAGACGUAGCGCAGAUUUGCAACAAAAGAAAAGAAAAACCUGCUCGCUCUUUUGCUUCAAACCAUUUAAUGGAGUCUUGCUCAGUUAUUUUCGAUGAUCCGAUGAGGAUGCUGUAUCUUGUGUUCCCAAAGUCCAGUUUCUGAUGACGUUUCUAUGAAGAAAAACCACCUUUUUUCCCCCCCUUUGUCUUGCAUUAUUGUAUACUUUACCACUCAACUGUUUUGUUUUUUUGGCUUUUUGGUGCUGUGUGAGUGAGGGGGCACCGUCUUAAGUGUAGUUGUUGUGUAACCGAGGCCAGUUAUAGUGUAGCGGUGUGCUGGGUGAGGCGUGUUUCGGCGCCGUGAGGGCCGGGGUUAUGAGGUGGGCAGCAGCUGGCGCACGUUGUCUGUUUACACUGAAUGCGGUUCCUGGAGACGGGCGGCUUUAAUACCCUGAGAAAACGGAGAGAUCCCUCUCUAAUGCGCCUCUGUUUACCCGCAGGUCCGAGCUAAUGAACCCCUCACCCCCCGGUGUUUGCUCCAUCACACAGCAGCUAUCACUUAGUUGUUAUGCUUGUGAUUUCCUCGUCAUUGUCUGCGAUGAGAGGGAAAUGUGUACAUUAUUUUUUUUUUAUUAUUAUUGUUUUGCACAAAGCACUUACUUAAACCAAACUACCAAGACGCAAACACUUGAGUUUAACAGCUGUCGUGACACUCCAUAUAAUCGAUGUUUUGAAGUGAGGACGCGUGGCGAUAACCAUGCCUGUAGUUCAUCUGACCUGAACAGGGCGGCCGUAGGGGUGGGUAGCCUACAGACUGUGUGUAAGAGACGAUGUGGAUGUGACGACAGUGCUCAGGAUGGAUGAGGAGAGAAGACACGGUAAACGCACGUUUUACGGUGAAAUCUGUCGUCCGCUGUUUUGUUUUGAAACAUAUGAAGGAAGAUUUUUUUUGUUAAUCCAAAUGUUAAAAUCUGUAAAGUGGCUAUCUGACAAUGCUUUAACCUCAGGCAAAAAAAAAAAAGAAGCCCAAAAUGUGUUUUGGGGAUGCACAUAGACCAUUGUUUAUGUGUGUGUGUGUUUAUGUGUCUGCUCCAGUCGGCCUUCCUGUGCUCUGCUGAACGCCUGUUGAUGCCUUAAUAUUUCUAAAAUCUUGACACCUUGCCGUGCUAUACUUCUUUAACCACUUUUUCCUGUAUCGGCCCUGUUCUUCGUGCAUUUAGUGUCGCUAUUUAUUCUAAAUAUCUACGAUUUAGAAACUGAAGCUGUUUACAAUAUUGUAGUUCUGUUCAUCUUCAUGUUUUCUUUUUUAUUUUGUUCUCUAGGUUGUGUUUUUUUACACCGCUCUUGUAUCCAUAGACUUGAUAUUAUAAUAAAUAAAUAAAUACAUAAAAUAAA